AUGAGCGACAAAAUUAUAACAUCGCCCCGAUUCCGUUGGAGAGACCGUCUUGCCCAGCCCGACGAGAAGUCCUUUGCCGGCAAGUCCGCAACAUCUGACCAUGGAGUUGCUCCUCUCAACUAUCAUUCUCCUGCUCCUCCCAGCAGCUUUCGGCUUUUCGCCCAGACCAGACCCUCCUUGCUCCUGGGAAAAUCUUCCUCAAGUCUUCGCACUAUCUCCGUCAACAACACAAUCCUCAACUUCGCCGAAGCCGUCUACGCUGCGACACCAUCGAACAAGCAGACUUUACCUCCGCUUGCAUCUCUCCUCGCCGAAUACGAAGCCAACAUCACUCGUGCAAGUGAGGAGUAUGGACCCCAGGAUACCAUCGCCGAAGAAGUUGCGUUCGAAUCGUCAAGGCUGAGGCGUAAUGUUGAUGUUACGCUGUUUGAUCGUGUCGCUGCUUCUGGGAUGAUCGGCCACCUCAACACCUCCGUCUUGCCAGCGGCUGCUGAGACUGUUGUCUUCCGUCCUGACUUUUGGGAGUGGGCGGUGGCGGCUAGUCGAUGUGGUGCAAUCACCGUGAGUGGCUUCCUCAGCUUGUCCCUCAAUCUUCAUGGUCGCUGA